UACAACCGAAUUUUUUUAACACGACCCGCGAACUCGACAAAAAUCCAACACGAAAUUAAUAUGUUAGAGUUAAACUAUAUAGUCUUAUACCUAUGCUUUGACAUGGUUCAAACACGAAUUGCCACCCCUAAGUUGGAUUAGGCAGCUGGGGGGAUUGUGGUGCGUUUCUGUAUAGUAGGAAUAUUAUUUAGUUCUAUUUUCAUUUUUUUUUUUUUUUUUUGAUUAUUAAUGCAUUCACUUUUUAAAACUGCGUCUAAUGCCAUUGCCGUUGUUGUUGUUAUUCGUCAUGAUGAUGGGAACGGUGGAAGUAUCAUUUAUAAAUUUUUGUGUUAGAUGGAUAAGCCCUUAAUUUCGUGGAAGUAGAGACGUCCAAUUUUGUGGAAGAAGAGACCUGGGUUUGAAAUUAUGGUAUUUGGCUCCUUCAGCUUGUUUAUAAGGAUCGUUCGGCUUAGUGCAUUUUCAUUGCAGUUAGUUGAUAUAUAUGGCCUAAGUUGGCAUUUCAUGGGAGGUAUAGAGGACAAUGAACCACCAUUGAAACGUGCUAAGGUCCCCUUGGGAGAAUCAAAGAGCUUGUCAGAAGACUCAUUUCUUACACAGCCCGUAGCUUGCUCUUUGGGAGACUCGAUGGCUAGGCCUUUACCCUCCCAAGGAGAUAAAGAGACAGUUGGUUCAAAAGGAGUCAUCAAAAGAUCAGAAUUCAUCAAAAUUAUAACUAGGGCAUUGUAUUCACUUGGAUACGAUAAGAGUGGGGCCCUUUUGGAGGAAGAGUCGGGUAUACCAUUACACUCAUCAGUGGUUAAUUUGCUUAUGCAGCAAGUGAAGGAUGGAAAAUGGAAUGAAUGUGUGGCCACGUUGCAAACAAUUGCCGUUUUGGAUGAAACAACUGUGAAAUCAGCAACUUUUCUGAUAUUGGAGCAGAAGUUCCUUGAGCUUCUGAAAAUGGAAAAAGUCACUGAUGCUUUAGAUACUCUUAGGAAUGAGAUUGUCCCUCUUCACAUCAAUUUGAGCCGAGUUCAUGAGCUUGCUGCAUGCAUUGUCUCUCCUUCACAGUGUGUAAUACUUGGGCUUUCUAGUCAAGAUAUUGAUGUUGCAAAGUCACGGUCAAAGAUUUUGGAAAAACUACAGAAGUUGCUUCCUGCAGCAGUCAUGACACCUGAAAAAAGAUUAGAAUAUCUAGUUGAACAGGCUCUUGAUGUGCAACGAGAUGCUUGUGUGUUUCACAACACUUUGGAUAGUGAUUUGUCUUUGUACUCAGAUCAUCAGUGCCAGAGAAACCAGAUUCCUUCUCAAACAAUUCAGAUACUGCAAGCACAUACUGAUGAAGUUUGGUUUCUGGAAUUUUCGCAUAAUGGGAAAUAUUUAGCUUCAUCAUCAAAAGAUCAAUCAGCAAUUAUAUGGGAGGUUAAAGAGGACGGUCAAGUUUUAUUGAAGCACAUACUAACUGGUCACCAGAAGCCAGUGUUGAUGGUUUCAUGGGGCCCAGAUGACCACCAGCUCCUUUCAUGUGGAGUGGAGGAGGUCAUCAGGCGCUGGGAUGUCACUUCUGGAGAAUGCCUCCAUGUUUAUGAGAAAAGUGGUGUUGGCCUCAUUUCAUGUGGAUGGUUUCCCGAUGGUAGAGGGAUAUUCUCUGGUAUGACUGACAAGAGUAUCUGCCUAUGGGAUUUGGAUGGAAGAGAGCUGGAAUGUUGGAAAGGGCAGCGAACACUCAGGAUAUCAGACAUGGCUGUGACUGGCGAUGGAAAGAGGAUCAUAAGCAUUUGCAAGGAAACCACAAUACUAUUGCUUGACAGGGAGGCAAAAUUUGAGAGACUGAUUGAAGAGGAGGAAGUAAUUACUUCAUUCUCGCUGUCAAAGGACAAUAAAUUCCUACUAGUCAAUCUAUUAAACCAAGAAAUUCAUCUUUGGAGUAUCGAGGGUGAUCUGAAGGUCGUGGCCAAGUACAAAGGUCACAAGCGUGUCCGAUUUCUUAUUAGAUCGUGUUUAGGUGGAUUCGAGGAGGCCUUUAUUGCCAGCGGGAGUGAGGAUUCACAGGUCUAUGUAUGGCACAGAGGUUCUGGGGAGCUCCUGCUGGCACUGCCUGGGCAUUCUGGAGCUGUUAAUAGCGUGAGCUGGAAUCCUACAAAUCUUCACAUGUUGGCUUCAGCCAGCGAUGAUCGUACCAUUCGAAUAUGGGGUUUGGAUCAGUUCAAUCUGAGACACACAGUUUCUCAGAGCAAUGGCCACUCUAAUGGAAGAAGUUGAAACGAUUUUCGAAAAUUUAUUUAUAUACUUAGAUGAUCGGAAAGCAAUGUUCUUUUAAAAACAUUUUUAACAUUUGUGUAAAUCCUCCAAUCAUUUGCUUCAUGUUAUCGGUAUUUAUAGCUGCAAUAAGCACACUCUAAUAUUGCAUCUGGAAUGGUAUCUCUGCCAAUUAAUCAAUAUAACUAUAACUGGAGGUGGAGGACUCUCUUAUUUCGCCUUACUUCUA